AUGAAUGUGCAGAAAUGUAGCGUACCACCUCUGGGUUCAAAUUCAAGCUCAGCAUCUGCCAGACGCCAACGCGGAGCUCCCUACUGUGAGGACUUGUUUGGGAUGUUGAGGAUGCAGCUGGUAACGGAUAAUAACACCAUACAAAUUUACACUUUGAACAUUCGACAUGUGCCUAAAAUUCAUUUAUUCGUUUGGAAUAAGAUUAUUGUGCUACAAUGCAUGUCGCAUAGUGAAGUCCUGGCUGUCACAAUAUCAUACAUUCUUGACCUCAAACAAGAUCAAUUUGAGCUUGAUACUGAAGAAACAGUUGCUAUCUACUGUGGUGCAUAUUUUGAUUGCACUGAUGCUUGUAUGGAAAGGUAUGAUGAAAACAGGAUCAAUAUAGAAAAACUCUUAAAUCAAGGAAUCAGGAGGGUUGUGAUGCCUGAUGAAAAUGAUUGGAGAGCCCGCCAUGUGGAGAUUGACGUAUGGAGGGCUUUCUUUUCCCGUUUUAGGAUGGAGGAGAAAGAUCUUAGUAUGUCUUCCUUGUACCAAGUGGAUUUGAUGGUCCAGUAUUUUCCCUGUGUGAGAUCUUGUACCCUUGAUUUGAAUGGGAAAAGCCUAAUUGUAGGGCGGAUGGGAACACCAAUUUGUUCACUUUCAGUAUGGAAAUUCCUUUGA